UGUGUAUCAAUCAAUGUUGUUGCUUUUAAACUGUUUCGUAGUUUGUUUUAAACUUUUGCUUUGGUGUGACCAGGUUGUCGUGUGUUGCAUAUUUCUGCCCAGGUCCCUUUUGAAAAUGAGAUCCAGCUCUCAAUGGGUUAAAUAGAGGAAAUAAAAAAAUAAUAAUUCCAGUUUCACUGUUAUCAUAAUUUAUUGUGUCCACGCACCUUAAGCACCUUAUUUGGCCGUGUGGCAGUUUGACGCCAAACAACGCGAACAGUCUACGAGAAAACUGGAACAUAAUACGUCGUCGUGCCGUUAUGUUACAAAUAAUCGUGGUCAUGUGAAAUAUUUCGUAUAUAUACGAUAUAUACCGAUCGUCACCGAUAUCUCUUGUCCGCAGCAUACGCUCCUCCAACACGAAUCAGGUGAACAAGUUGACCAUGGCCUCCAAGCAGUCGACUGUCCUCAUUCAGGGGUCCGGCAGCAGCGGCAGCGACAUGUUGGAGGGCCCCAGGGGGCCCCGGCGGGCGGAGGACAACGAGCAAGACAUGGUCCAGUACAGCUACUCCUUCUUCCACUUCAUGCUCUUCUUAGCUUCCCUCUACAUAAUGAUGACACUCACCAACUGGUACAGCCCAGACGCAGACUACACCAUAACAAGCAAGUGGCCAACAGUGUGGGUAAAGGUCUCCUCGAGCUGGUUGUGUUUGGCCCUUUACAUUUGGACCCUUGUGGCCCCUAUGAUUUUCCCCAACCGAGACUUCAGCUGAUGCUGUGACGAGGGACAGAAUAAUUUCUUGUGGAGAUGGACCUGGAACGGCGGAUCUGUCUGACCAGGAUUUGUUUGUAGAGAAUUGGCGAUCAGGUUAAGUGUGCCAAAAGAUGAGCAAUCCACGGAAACAUCUGUUGUGUCAUAUACAGCUUGGGGUUCUCCUUAUGUACCAUUUAAAGGGUGUAUCUCUGCACUAUGCAUUUAUUUAUUUAUAUACAGUAUAUACUGUAUAUCGUUUGUGUUUUUGACCUUAAAAUAAGAAGUACGCUGCUCUUAGGGAAGACAAAACCAGAAAUAUGACA